AACAGGCUCCGGGAACGAUCAGGUAGUCACAGAAUAAAUUGCAGGUGUAGGACGAACAAUGUCUCGCCGCCUUCUCGUUCUCGCUCUGUUCGCUGUCGUCGCUUCGCAAAUUGCAAGCGUGGAGAGUCUCGAUGACAGCAGCAGCACCAUCAUAGAGGGAUCUCCGCUGUGUGGAGUGAACGAAAAAUGGGAUAUCUGUGGCAGAUUAUGCGAACCAAGCUGUUCGAGCCGUCACCCGUACUGUCCGCCUCUCCAAUGUUCGAAAUACAUAGCUGGAUGUCGCUGUCUAUCUGGCUGGCUUCGAAACGACCAGGGUGCGUGCGUCAGACCGAACCAAUGCCCGGAGAGUUUCGAGAAGAAGUGAUCGAUUCCCUCGAUUCUAUUAUAAAUAUGUAGCAAUGUACACGAAACUAAUAAACAGCAUUUAGAAGCAGAA